AUGGAGGCGAAGCGACCAGGAGGGUUUGAGGAGCAGACACAUGGCAUAAACGCUGAGGUGCGCUACUCUCUCGUUUCCGGGGACGACGGCUUCUUCUCUUUGGACGAGUUUUCCGGAAUCCUGCGUCUGGAAAAACCUCUGACGGCCGAGAGUCCGUCCAGUUUUCAGAUCAAAGUCAAAGCCACAGACAGGGGUCUUCCUCGGCAGCGGCACUCGGAGACCACGGUGCAGGUGGAGGUGGUCUCUCUGGACGAUUAUCUGCCGGUGUUCUCCCGACGCGAGUACACGGCCCAGCUCCCAGAAUCCUUUGCGGUCGGCUCCAAGAUCCUGAGUCUGUGGGAUUUGUCCAGAGACGGCGACGGACCGAUCGCCGAGUACCGCAUCACGUCGGGCAACGAGGACGGGCACUUCCACCUGGACAGAAACACAGAGCUGGAGCUGGGGCUGGGGCUGGGGCUGGAGCUGGGGCUGGAGCUGGGGCUGGGGCUGGAGCUGGGGCUGGAGCUGGGGCUGGAGCUGGGGCUGCGGCUGGAGCUGGGGCUAGAGCUGGAGCUGGGGCUGGAGCUGGAGCUGGAGCUGGAGCUGGAGCUGGGGCUGGAGCUGGAGCUGGAGCUGGAGCUGGAGCUGGAGCUGGGGCUGGAGCUGGGGCUGGAGCUGGAGCUGGGGCUGGAGCUGGGGCUGGAGCUGGAGCUGGGGCUGGAGCUGAGCUGGGGCUGGAGCUGGGCUGGAGCUGGGGCUGGGGCUGGAGCUGGAGCUGGAGCUGGGGCUGGGGCUGGGGCUGGAGCUGGGGCUGGGGCUGGAGCUAGGGCUGGGGCUGGGGCUGGAGCUGGAGCUGGGGCUGGAGCUGGAGCUGGGGCUGGGGCUGGAGCUGGGGCUGGAGCUGGAGCUAGGGCUGGAGCUGGGGCUGGGGCUGGAGCUGGGGCUGGAGCUGGAGCUGGAGCUGGGGCUAGAGCUGGAGCUGGAGCUGGAGCUGGGGCUGGAGCUAGGGCUGGGGCUGGAGCUGGAGCUGGGGCUGGAGCUGGAGCUGGGGCUGGGGCUGGAGCUGGGGCUGGGGCUGGGGCUGGAGCUGGAGCUGGGGCUGGAGCUGGAGCUGAGGAGCUGGGGCUGGGGCUGGAGCUGGGGCUGGAGCUGGAGCUGGGGCUGGGGCUGGAGCUGGAGCUGGAGCUGGAGCUGGGGCUGGGGCUGGGGCUGGGGCUGGGGCUGGGGCUGGAGCUGGGGCUGGAGCUGGGGCUGGAGCUGGGGCUGGGGCUGGAGCUGGGGCUGGGGCUGGAGCUGGGGCUAGAGCUGGAGCUGGAGCUGGGGCUGGGAGCUGGGGCUGGAGCUGGGGCUGGGGCUGGAGCUGGGGCUGGAGCUGGAGCUGGGGCUGGGGCUGGGGCUGGGGCUGGAGCUGGAGCUGGAGCUGGGGCUGAGGCUGGGGCUGGAGCUGGGGCUGGGGCUGGGGCUGGGGCUGGAGCUGGGGCUGGGGCUGGAGCUAGGGCUGGAGCUGGGGCUGGAGCUGGGGCUGGGGCUGGAGCUGAAGCUGGAGCUGGAGCUGAGGCUGGGGCUGGAGCUGGGGCUAGAGCUGGAGCUGGAGCUGGGGCUAGAGCUGGAGCUGGAGCUGGGGCUGGGGCUGGAGCUGGGGCUGGAGCUGGGGCUAGAGCUGGAGCUGGAGCUGGGGCUAGAGCUGGAGCUGGGGCUGGAGCUGGGGCUGGAGCUGGGGCUGGGGCUGGGGCUGGGGCUGGAGCUGGAGCUGGAGCUGAGCUGGGGCUGGAGCUGGGGCUGGGGCUGGGGCUGGGGGGGCUGGAGCUGGGGCUGGGGCUGGAGCUAGGGCUGGAACUGGGGCUGGAGCUGGGGCUGGGGCUGGAGCUGGGGCUGGAGCUGGGGCUGGAGCUGGGGCUGGGGCUGGGGCUGGAGCUGGAGCUGGGGCUGGAGCUGGAGCUGGGGCUUGAGCUGGGGCUGGGGCUGGGGCUGGGGCUGGGGCUGGGGCUAGAGCUGGAGCUGGGGCUGGGGCUGCGGCUGGGGCUGGGGCUGGGGCUGGGGCUGGGGCUGGAGCUAGGGCUGGAGCUGGAGCUGGGGCUGGGGCUGGGGCUGGGGCUGGGGCUGGAGCUAGGGCUGGAGCUGGGGCUGGGGCUGGAGCUGGGGCUGGAGCUGGAGCUGGGGCUGGGGCUGGAGCUGGGGCUGGGGCUGGGGCUGGAGCUAGGGCUGGAGCUGGGGCUGGAGCUGGGGCUGGAGCUGGGGCUGGAGCUGGGGCUGGGGCUGGAGCUGGGGCUGGGGCUGGAGCUGGGGCUGGGGCUGGAGCUAGGGCUGGAGCUGGGGCUGGAGCUGGGGCUGGGGCUGGAGCUGGGGCUGGAGCUGGAGCUGGGGCUGGGGCUGGGGCUGGGGCUGGGGCUGGGGCUGGGGCUUGAGCUGGAGCUGGAGCUGGGGCUGGAGCUGGGGCUGGAGCUAGGGCUGGAGCUGGGGCUGGAGCUGGGGCUGGGGCUGGAGCUGGGGCUGGAGCUGGAGCUGGAGCUGGGGCUAGAGCUGGAGCUGGAGCUGGGGCUGGGGCUGGAGCUGGAGCUGGAGCUGGGGCUGGAGCUAGGGCUGGAGCUGGGGCUGGAGCUGGGGCUGGGGCUGGAGCUGGGGCUGGGGCUGGAGCUGGGGCUGGAGCUGGAGCUGGAGCUGGGGCUAGAGCUGGAGCUGGAGCUGGGGCUGGGGCUAGAGCUGGAGCUGGAGCUGGGGCUGGAGCUGGGGCUGGAGCUAGGGCUGGAGCUGGGGCUGGGGCUGGAGCUGGGGCUGGAGCUGGAGCUGGGGCUGGGGCUGGGGCUGGGGCUGGGGGGCUGGAGCUGGGGCUGGGGCUGGGGCUGA